UGCCGCCUGCCCUCGCGCGACGCGCGCGCGCGGGGCGCUCGAAACGGCCAGUUCCCCCCGGUCAAAAUGGGCAAACCCCCCUCCCCCGCCGCCCGAAAAUCUCCCGCCUCCCGCGCGGAUGGCGUCCGGUUCAGACCGCGGCGACGCGCCCCCCCGCCCAAACAUUUUCCGCCGCCGCCUCCACGCGCUCCCCAAACAUUUCCACCGGCCGCCUGCGCGCCACUCACUCCAGUCCCGGGACCCCGAUUGGCCGCCCUCUCCCCGCGUAUUUACCUGGCGCCAGAGCCCCGCGCCCCAGGCUCAAGCUUUCAAGUCUCUCGGCACCGCAACUGUCUCUCGCCCUCCGCCGGCUCCCUCUCCCUCUACGGCCACAGCCCUUCUCGAGGGCGAUUUCGGAGGGAGAGGCUUGGUGAUCUCGUCUCUCGUGGCCGGAGAAGAUGGAGAGCCUGAGGAGGUUCCUGAACCCGCUGGUGCUCAACCUGCAGAAGAUGGAACUGGAGCUCACCUGCCCCGUCUGCCUGAAGUUGCUCAGCGCGCCUACAAUGCUACCGUGCUACCACACAUCCUGCAGCAACUGUGCUCUCACACGGACUUCGAAUGGUUAUAGCUGUGCCAUUUGCAAAUCGGCAUAUCAUUCUCAAGAUUUAAGGCCAGCUUCUCACCUUGAGGCGAUAGUGGGCAUUCACAGGAGCCUCAGCUCUACAGUCAGCACCAUGGUUCAGGAACAGGAUGCUCAAGUUCACAUUCCUGCUGCAAAGACAGCAUCCCAUGGAACACCAGAAUCAGGGAAUAGAAGUGGGGUAGAGAAAUCUGACCACAUGAAAUCUUACAACCCCGUGGCUUCAAAGUUAGUAUAUAACCAAUCGACUGGACCUGCGUUUGGGAGCAUGGAUGGUGUUCAACCAAGAGAUCUUGCAUUUGAGAACAAAGCUGCUGAUGCAGAUGUUGCACCAACUGUCCUUGUACAAAAGGGACAUUCUGGGUCACAAUCUUCUGAUGGCCCUGGGGAUUUGGAUUGUGACAGCAAUGAUCUUGAAGGAGAACUGAUAACAAUCAGAUCACCUCUUCAAACUGCACUGAAAAGAGAGGCAAAUGUAAUGGAUGACCAUACCAGAGAAUUGAAGAAGCAAAAAUCAAAUGAUCAGGUUCAAAGUAAGAGCUGUUUCCUAUCUGAUCUCCUUUCCAAAUCUUUGGAAAUGCAAAAUACUAAUGUGAUUUUGAACAUGAAUACAGGACAAACAACCAUGGCCAGUGCUUGGAAAUGUGAAUUUUGUCAUUCUUCCCAAGUCACUGAGUGUACUGGCCCUUUGUCACAUUAUCUACAUGGGGAGCCAUUACAGGCUGACCAAGCUUGGAAAUCAAAUGUUCAGCAUGUCCAUGAGAAAUGCAUUGAAUGGGCUCCUCAAGCAUUCUUCACUGGUGAUAUUGCAAACAACUUGGAGCCUGAGUUGGCCCGUGCUUCUAAGAUCAAGUGUAGUGUUUGUGGCUUGAAAGGUGCAGCACUUGGCUGCCUUGUGAAGAGCUGCCGCAAGAGCUUUCAUGUCCCAUGUGCACACAGGAUCAAAGGCUGCAGAUGGGAUGAAGAAAACUUUGUUAUGCUGUGUUCUACUCAUUCUUCAAAAAAGUUACCCUGUGAGAGAUCGAAGUCAAAAAAGAAGGCCCAGCUACAGCAACCAUCAUCUGAUAUUGAUGAUCUGAAUUCACCUUCUCCAAUGCAAAGUGAUGAACUUUGGACUGCCCCACCUGUUAUGACUAGUGAAUGGGUGAUAUGUGGAUCUGCCCUCAGUUCCCGUGAGAGGGAAAUCUUGGAUCAAUUUGAGCAUCGAACUGGCAUCACAGUAACUAACAGUUGGAGCUCGAAUGUGACUCAUGUGAUUGCUAGUACUGAUGAACGUGGGGCAUGUGCUAGGACACUCAAAGUUCUCAUGGCUAUUUUAGCUGGGAAAUGGGUUCUCAAUGUAAAUUGGCUGAAGGCCUGUAUUGAGGCUAGAGAACCAAUCCCAGAAGAGCCCUAUGAGGUCAGGUGUGAUGUUCAUGGCUCUUUCGAUGGCCCUCGCACAGGAAGGCUUCGAGCGAUGCAACAGGCACCAAGUCUGUUUGCUGGGUUGACCUUCUAUUUCAGUGGCCAUUUCAUGCCAGCAUACAAGAUUAACCUUGAAGAUUUGAUUGCUGCAGCAGGGGGUUCGAUUUUGGAGAAGAGUGAGCUUUCUACUACAUCCUUGAUUCUCUACAGUGUAGAGCCGCCACAAGGAAACAAUCUAGACACCCUUAAUGAGGUCAUCAAGAAGAGAGAAGCUGAGGCUGAAGAAUUGGCAGCCACAGUUGGCUGCAAAGCUAUUCCUCAUACAUGGCUUCUGGAUUCUAUUGCAUCCUGCACAAUCCUCAGUUGAUUGUGACACUGUACUUAGGUUCAAACAUAGGAAUGUAGUUUCUGCUUCUUCCUUUUUUCCCUUUUAAAAAAAGGAGAUUAGGAUGUGAUUGACAUGUUUUUUUGAUCCAAAAUAUCUUCAGAGUUCUGAUGUUGUAACAUGAGAGUGCAAUUCCAUUUGAAUAAUCUUGAGUACCUCAGUCAA